AUUAAAUAUGCAAUCAAGAUUUGAAGACGUUCCUGUCUCCCCCAGUUUCCCUGAGGAGGAGAGGAAAGUCAUGGAAUAUUGGGACCAGAUUGAUGCCUUCCAAAGACAAUUAGAACUAACUAAGGAUCUACCUAAGUAUACCUUCUAUGAUGGGCCUCCUUUUGCAACUGGACUUCCCCAUUAUGGACAUAUCCUUGUAGGAGCUAUUAAGGAUACAGUCACUAGAUAUGCUACCCAGAAUGGCAAACAUGUAGAUAGAAGAUUUGGAUGGGACUGUCACGGACUUCCAGUUGAAUAUGAAAUCGACAAAAAGCUAGGUGUCGAGUCCAGCGCUGACUAUAAGAGAAUCGGACUCAAAGCUUACAAUGAUGAAUGCAGAGGUAUUGUCAUGAGAUACUCUAAUGAAUGGAGAGAUAUUGUCAAACGUUUUGGAAGAUGGAUCGACUUUGAUAACGACUACAAGACCAUGGACCUUACUUUCAUGGAGACUGUAUGGUAUUUAUUCAAGAACAUUUAUGAGAAAGGACUUGUUUACAAGAGUUCUCGUGUCAUGCCUUUCUCGACAAAAUGCGCAACUGUAUUAUCUAACUUUGAAGCAGGAUCUAACUAUAAGGAUACUUUGGAUCCUUCCAUCUAUGUUACUUUCCCAAUGGUUGAUGAUGAGAACACUGCAUUCGUUGCAUGGACCACCACACCAUGGACAUUGCCAAGUAACUUAAUCAUUUGUAUGAACCCUGAACUGAAUUAUGUGUCUGUUCUUGAUGAAGAAUCUAAAAUGACUUACGUUGUUGCUGAGUCUAGAAAGAAAGAGUUUGUCAAGCAAACAAAAAUUAAGAAGCACAAAGUGCUCGGAAAGAAGAAGGGAAGCGAGUUCGAAGGAAUCGAAUACGUCCCUCUUUUCACUUACUAUCAUGAAAUGAGAGAGCAAGGAUGCUUCAGAGUCUGUGCUGAAGAUUAUGUCACUGCUGAUGAUGGUACUGGAAUUGUCCACUGUGCUCCUGGAUUCGGAGAGGAAGAUUUCAACGUCUGUAGCAGAAGAAAGGUUAUUGAUUCAUCAGCACCACCUUGUCCAGUUGAUGACAACGGAAAUCUGAUCGAACCUGUGACUGACUUCAAGGGAUACUACUUCAAGGAUGCAGAUAAGCACAUUAAGAAAAACCUUAGAGAUAGAAAGAGGUUGAUCUUUGAUGGACAAGUAGAGCAUAGUUAUCCAUUUUGAUGGAGAUCUGAGACUCCACUGAUUUAUAGAGCUGUCAGUUCUUGGUUCAUCAAGGUCACUGACCUCAAGGAUAAGCUGAUCGAAAAUAACAAAUCUACCAGAUGGGUCCCAGAUAGCAUCCAACAUGGAAGAUUCCACAACUGGCUUGCUGAUGCUAGAGAUUGGUGUUUUUCAAGAAAUAGACUUUGGGGAAAUCCAAUCCCAUUGUGGGUAUCUGAUGAUGGCGAAGAAGUAAUUUGUGUCGGAUCUGUUCAAGAAUUAAAAGAGCUCUCUGGUAUUGAUGAAGAUAUCACUGACCUCCACAGAGAUUUCAUUGAUCAUAUCACUAUCCCAUCUAAGCAAGGAAAGGGAGUUCUCAGAAGAAUUCCAGAAGUUUUCGAUUGUUGGUUCGAAAGCGGAAGUAUGCCAUUCUCUAGUGUGCAUUAUCCAUUCUCAACAAAUGAAGAAGAAUUCUCAAAGAUCUUCCCAGGAGAUUUCAUUGCUGAAGGUUUAGAUCAGACGAGAGGAUGGUUCUACACCCUCAACGUUAUUGCUACAGCAGUAAAAGAAAGCACGCCAUAUAAGAAUUUGAUCGUAAAUGGAAUUGUCCUUGCUGAAGAUGGAAACAAGAUGUCAAAGAGACUUCAAAACUAUCCAGAUCCAAUGUUCAUGGUUGAAAAUUACUCAGCUGAUGCUGUCAAACUUUAUCUCCUUAAUUCUCCAAUUGUGAAGGCAGAAUCUCUAAAAUUUUCAGAAAUUGGAGUAAAGAAUGUUGUCAAGGAUGUUUUCUUGCCCUGGUUCAAUGCCUACAGAUUCUUGAUUGAAAAUAUUAAAAGAUUUGAGGAAAAAUCAAAUGAACAAUUUGUUUUUGACUCAAAACUGAGGCAUGAAGCCACUAAUUUGUUAGAUAAAUGGAUUAUUGCAGCAAACCAAAGAUUACUCAAAUUCUUCAGAGAAGAAUUCGAUAACUACAGACUCUAUACUGUCAUCAACCAACUUCUUUCUUUCUUGGUCGAUUUGAACAAGUGGUAUAUCAAACUCAACAGGCAGAGGAUGAAGGGAGCUUCUGGAUCUGAAGAAGCAAGAAUGUCAUUAAAUACCUUGUUUGAUGUUCUUUUCUCGACUACCCUCAUGAUGUCAUGCUUCACUCCAUUCAUUUCUGAAUUCCUCUACUUGAAUCUUAGAAAUGGAUUUGAAGACGGACAUGAAUUGAAGAAGGACUCUAUUCAUUUCUUAAGAAUCCCAGAGGCUGAUGAGACUCUUCUCGAUGACGCCAUUGUCCACAAAGUCAGUCACAUGAAGAAAGUCGUCGAAAUGACUAGAAGCAUCAGAGACAACAUCAACAUCCCCAUCAAGAAACCCAUCCAGACUGCUCUGCUUGUCAACUCAAACCCUGACUUCGCUGAAUCAAUCGAGAUCUUCGGAGACUACAUCAAGGAGGAGAUCAAUGCUUAUGAGUUGUUGGUGGAGACAGACGAAAACAAGUUUGUGAACUAUUCUUGUGACUACAACCAGAGAGCUCUUGGUCCAAGACUAAAGGACAAAUUUGAGAUUGAAAUGAACGAAAGAAUUAAGGAUGUGCCAGAAAAAGAGCACAAGAAGUUCAAGAAAGCCUUCAAGAAAGAGUUCAACGACAACUUCUACGGCAAACUCGGAAGUCUGUCCUCCGACCAGAUCAAAGAGUACAUGGUCACCUACAAGAUUGUGGUUGAAGGUGUCGAGAUUGUGGAGGGAGACUUGACUCCGACGAAGCAGUUGAGGGAAGAGUAUCAGAAGCAUGAGAAGUUUGCAGGAAACACCGAUAGAGAAUACUGUGUCCUCCUCGACAAGACCUCAACCGAAGAGAUCGAAAUGUCUUACACCUCAAGAGAAUUCCUUGGAAGAAUCCAGAAGCUCAGAAAAGAGGCAGGCCUAAAGCUUGAUGAUGAUAUUGAAAUCUUCUAUUUAGCUGAAACUGAAUUCUUAGAGAAAGCUCUCAAUCAUCAUAUCGAUGAACUUAAGAAGACAGUUAUGAAGCCACUUAUUGAUGGAAAACUCAAGCCAGCUUGUUAUCCAGAAGUGGCCUCGACUGAAUUUAAGCUUGGAAAGGAGACAGGAAAGAUCUACAUCUGUAAACCAUCCAUCUCCUUCCAGAAGGAUAGAGUUAAUGCCAAAUACCCUGAUGCUGCUUUUGUUGCAGGUUUCGAACUUCUUUUCGAAACAUUUGGUGCUGAAUACUUGAAGCUGAUCGCUGAAGCUAAUGGUGGAGUAUUCAAGACUAAAUUGGACGGCCAAGACAUCGAGCUUAAACUAGGAGAAGACUUCCAUCUUGAUGGGUUCAAGAGCUACAAUUUCUAA